AUGUCGGAUACCGCACAAGUGGCUGGAAAGCGAAAGCGUGCGCGUGAGUCGUCCCCUGCCUCCUCUAAGCCCGACCAGGGUGCCCAAAGCAUCGCGAGCAGAUCCCCGGUCUCCGCAUGCCCAACGCAAAAAAAGUUCGAGGACGUCGUGCAACCCGGCAACCCGCCCUGGCAUAGUGACGAACAGAGAUCGCCCUCGGGAUCAAUUGCUCUUCUUCACUUCGUCAUGAGCAGCUCGCGAGAAAUCAAGCCGGAAAUUACGCAGGAAGCUAACAGCGAUCAUCCGCUAGGCACUCAAUCUUGCCCCCCUCCCGAGCUGCCUCAACUGGUUGCAGAGCAGCAUGUGCCCAUCCCCUCGCACGAUCGCGACACCCAGCGGUUGAUUGUCAUUCUCUCCAAUGCCAGUCUGGAAACCUACCGGGCCUCCGCCGGCCGUGCCGGUGCGAAGGACGAGAAGUAUUCGCUGCUGAACAGUGACGAGCACAUCGGUAUCAUGCGCAAGAUGAACCGGGACAUCAGCGAGGCUCGUCCCGAUAUCACUCACCAGUGCCUGCUCACCCUCCUCGACUCCCCCGUCAACAAGGCCGGUCGCCUCCAGAUUUUCAUCCACACGGCCAAGGGCGUUCUCAUCGAGGUCAACCCCUCUGUCCGCAUUCCUCGUACCUUCAAGCGUUUUGCCGGUCUGAUGGUCCAACUGCUGCACCGCCUGUCCAUCCGCUCCACCAACUCGCAAGAGAAACUGCUCAAGGUCAUCAAGAACCCCAUCACCGACCACCUUCCCCCCAACUGCCGCAAGGUGACCAUGAGUUUCGAGGCGCCCGUCGUCCGCACCAAGGACUACAUCGAGUCGCUGGGCCCCAAGGAGAGCAUCGCCAUUUUCGUGGGUGCCAUGGCCAAGGGCCAUGACGACUUUGCCGAUUCCUUCAAGGACGACACGAUCAGUAUCAGCAAUUACAGUCUGAGUGCCAGUGUUGCCUGCAGCAAGUUCUGCCAUGCGGCCGAGGAGGUGUGGGACAUUCUGUGA